UGCUUAAGCUUGCCGUUAAUAUUCAAUCACAAAUAUAUAUAUAUUUUAAUAUUUAAAGGAAGUUUUAUAAUGGAUCAGCUAAUGGAAAAAUACGAAGCCUUGGACCAGCACAAGAGAGAGCCGGCCAACCGAGAACUCACGUGCAGUGUGCACUUUGUCAACACAAAGUUCGGACCGGGAACCUCAUCCGAAGAUGAACUGGGAUCGGUAACAUGCCUAGUCUCAAAAGCUGAAGAUUUGGAGAUCGAGCGUAUUUUUAAGCGUCAAUCUGCGGAUUUGGCGACAAAUCGAUCGCUCUUUGAGUUCGGACAUAACUUUGAAGAUGUGCGCGAUUGGACGAGCAUCGAACAGCCUCUCAAGGUUUCCUUAAAAGCCGUCUUGCGCUAUAUGGUGGAAAACCAUUUGAAGACCACCGUCCAAAUAGAGAUCAAUAAAAUGUAUUUCAAUUGCCAUGUCAUUGUGCUGCAGGCCUACUCCAAGUUCUUUAUGGAGCUUGAGCCGAUUCCGCUCGUUGUGACACUGCCGGAGGAGAAGGUAUCGCAAAAGGCCUUUAUGCUCAUCUACAAAUGGAUGCUCAGCGAUGAACCCACCCUGGAGCGCAACAACAUUGUCGCCGUAUUUGUGGCCGCAACUUAUUUGAGAAUUAAAGCUUUGCUGUUGGGCUGCUGGACGUAUUUUGAUGAUGUAAACUGUUUUAAUGAGGCCACCGCCUGCAUCAUGUAUGUUGAAUCGAAAAACAAUCCGGCAUUGGACAUUGUUCGCAACUUGAUGCUGACGCGCAUACAAAAGUUUCUUCUCACAUUUGUGGCAACUCGAGAUUUUCUGGAAGUGCCGCUGAAGCAUCUUGUCUAUCUUCUCAGUUCGGAUGAAAUCUGUGUGAACACGGAAGUGGAGAUACUCUUUAUUGCUGUGCGUUGGCUGGGACACGAUUGGCAGUGCCGGAAAUCAAAUGUGCCCAGCUUGAUUGGUUGCAUACGGUUCCAUUCGAUGCCGCUGUGGUAUUUGCUGUGCGUGCGACGUGUGGAGACUCAUAAGCUGGUCAGGGAGCUACUCGGUUUGCCCAAUGUUGAUGCUAUAAUCAAUGAAGCCAUUUCAAAGAUAACUUCCAAAAUGUACGAGCAAAAAAUUGAGGGAAUUUCAGACCAUGGCAAUAUUAUAAAGAAUUUACAAUCACGUCGAUGGAUAGUGGAUGAUGCGUGUCCCUAUUAUCAUCAUAUUGGUUGUCCACAUACGCGCGAUAUAAAUUUCAGACAAUUUGAGUCUUAUUUAACAGCUUUGCAGCAACAGCCAUGUGAUUAUUGGGCCAAAAUAGAUCUGCUCGAUUUGAAUAAUCCAAGAAAGUGUGGCUGCAUGCAAUAACGG